GUGACCCGGAAGUACUUAUUGGAGUCGCUGAUGAGACGUCUAUUAGUUACCACAAAGUCAAAAGGGCUACAUCGUAGAAAUUAAUGAAAAAAAAUGUGGUCUUCAUUUAAGGUUGGCAGUUUGCUUAAGGUUAGGUUUAAAACCACAAUUUAAUAAGAUAAAUUAUAUAAAUAGGCGAGCUUUAUGACAUUGAGGCUGUGGUAACUAGUGACGACCGACGAGACGUUUAUGUGAAGAUGGCGCCUAGAAAGCGAAGUGUCGUUUGGUCUUUUUUCAGAGCAGUAGACGAGAAGAAAGUGACUUGUCUGCUGUGUUUGGAGACCGUCCUUCAUUGCGGCCACACCACGAACAUGCUAAGGCAUUUGCGAAGCAAACACCUGAACGAGUAUAGUAGCGCGGCAGCAUCAAAAGAUAGGCGGUCUGUGGCGGCGGACGACAACAGUCAACCGAUGAUGAUUAACAGUGAAGACUAUUGUGAUGUGGAGGUAGCACUAGAGGAGCAGCCCCCAGAGCAGGCAGCCUCGGUGAGUGAUGCAGACAUCGCAAGCGCCAUCAAUGGCAUCCUGAAGGCAGCAGAGGAUCAUGCUGUGGUCCGAGACAGCGGGGCUGGGAUUGUGGGCCAGGGCAGUGCAGGGGCCACACCAUCCGGCCGGAAGUGGAGCUCCGUGUGGACGCACUACGAGCGUUUAGAGGAGCAGAACCGCGCGCUUUGUCUGAUCUGCAAUGAGAAGAUCCAGCACCAGAGCAGCACCAGCAACCUGCUGCGCCACCUCUCCAAGAGACAUCCAGAUGCCUUUGCUCGCCUGGAGUGCCACAUCAAGAAACAGAAGACCAGCGGUGUCCAGAAGACAUUGCGCAGAGACGGCGACUCAGGUCCCAAACACACCAACCUGUCAAGGAGAAUUGGAGAGGUUGCACUGAAACAAAGCCCAGGGAAAUUUCCAGAUGCUUUUGAUAUGAUGGGAGCAUGUGAGGGGGAGGUGCGUGUGUUGGAGCGGGAGCGUGAGCUGACGGAGGCCUUGAGGAGUGCUCAGCAGCAGGAGGCACGGGCACUGGAGCAGCAGAGGGAGCUCCUGGAGACACUACGUCGGGCUAACACCAGAGAGACAUCUGCAGAGAAAGAGGCCCUGGAGACCUUGAGGAGAAGCCAAGAGCAGGAGGCCCGCUCCUUGCAGAAGGAGAGGGAAGACCUGCAGAGAGAGCGAGUGGAGUUGCAGAUGGAGAAGGAAAGGAUGCAAAGGGAGAGAGAGGAGCUGGAGUGCUUACGAAGGGAGUAUGGGCAAGACAGGAGUCCGGUGCAGACAGUGGACCGUACCACUGGGUUAUUCCAGGGGGACGUGGUACAGGAACAGGAGGUGACUAUGAGGGAAGAGGUUCUUGGUUAGGGGAUGUUUCAGUAAGCCAACAGGACGAUUCUGUAAUGUUCAGAAGUUGACAACCUAUCCCAUCACCAUGCAUUCAGACUCUACCUCAAACACCUCUCUAAAAGGAGCGAGAUGGUGGGUGAAUGCACUCUGGAGAGGGUUUAGUGAUGUAAAUACUUAACUCUUUUUUUAAAUGAAAAUAAACCAGCACCAUGUCAAUAA